AUGUUCUCCCUCAUCUCCAAUCGAUCGAAAACCUUGACAAUUUCUGCAAACUUCAAGCCUGAGAACGAUUUGAAGGUUGUGUACGCCAGAGAAUUAACUUUUGAGCUUCAAUUGCCGAAUCGUGAUGGCAUUGAAUUCAAUUUAUAUGAUAGCAGUCUGUGGAGUUGGAGUAACGGUCAUCUCCCAAUCGUGGAUCUCUCUAACUUUGUUUUUUCUACCGUACUAGCCGACCAGUACAGAAAGAUAGAUGAACGGAUUGAGUACAAAGAGUUGAAGGGGUGGACAGCUCGACAAUACCUUCUUCAUUUUUUGGACAUUCUUCACAAACCGUAUGUAUUCUUCUACUAUAGAGAUCCAGGUUUCAAUGCUGAUUGCGUCUCAAGAACUAUGAAAGGAGUCACAGUGAAGAGACUGUGUACUUAUGGGGAAUUUGAAUACGAGAAGACAAUGAAGGUGUUGAAUUACCCCAGUGAGAUCUGCUUCGACACAAAUCAGUUCACGAGUCACGAGUCUUUGAGCAAAUUCUACAUUCAAAACUUGGAUUAUUUAGAAUUGGAUAAUGGAUUUCUGGUCACACUCGACGAUUUGUUGUUAAUGAACUGCAAACAUAUUGGUGUGACGUUUUCAAGACUUCGUGAGAAGCAUCUGAAUAUCUAUCUCAAAUCAUGGCUCCAUGGACAGAAAGAGGAGUUGGAACAUGUCUGUUUAUUGGCGAAUCGAAUCAACUGGGAAGAAGAAGUUCCAUUUAACAAGGAGGUCUUGCUAAAGGGAUUGAAGUAUACUACUGUUCCAGAUGAUGUGGAAAGAUUAUUCUAUUGUUCCGUUCCUGAUACGGAUGGAAAUCGGGUAGUAACUAUAAAAGGAGGAUAUGAUAUCAAGAGAAAAGAUGGGAGACUGGUGACAAUUUUACUGCAAAACGACUGGCCGUGGUUCGAAAUGUUUGUAUGGUCCAAUGACCAAUAA